AUGCCUAUAAAGUCGUCUUUUCCCGAUUUCCAAAUCCCCAAUGUCGAUACUUGGUCGCUCAUAUUUGAGCGGCCGGACCGGCCAUACCCGGACGACAAAGUGCUCUUUGUGGAUGCCGACACCCAACGAUCAUACACAUUCGCGCAACUACGGGACACCGCAGUGAGCUUUGCGCAUGGCAUCAAGUCGACAUGGGACUGGAAGAAAGGCGAUGUUCUUGCGAUUUUCUCGCCUAAUUGUGUCGACACCCCCGCCGUCAUGUAUGGAGUAGCCUGGGCUGGCGGUGUUAUUUCUCCCUCAAACCCCACAUAUACGGUCGAGGAACUGGCUUUUCAGCUAAGUAACUCGGAGGCAAAGGCUGUGGCCACACAGCGUGCGUUGCUCCCAAUAGCCCGCGCAGCAGCGAAGAAGGUGGGCCUUCCAGAGGACAGGAUCGUGUUGAUUGGGGACGAACGAGACCCCAAUGGGAGCUUCAAGCAUUUCACAUCAAUCAGAAACAUAUCGGGAACAUUGAGAUUUCGUCGACCCCAAAUUGAUCCCAAGAAGGAUGUUGCAUUUCUGGUAUAUUCGUCAGGAACUACUGGUCUACCGAAGGGCGUCAUGCUCUCUCACAGAAACGUCAUUGCCAAUAUUCUACAGGGCAAGCAGACGGAAGGAAGAUAUCUCACAUGGAAUGGGAAUGCAGACGGUCAAGGUGACCGUAUACUAGCCUUUUUGCCCUUUUUUCAUAUAUAUGGCUUGACGUGCAUUAUCCAAUUCAGCGCAUAUAACGGAAAUGCGGUAAUUACUUUUGCAUACGUUGCGCCCCCUGUUGUUCUGCUUCUUGGAAAACACCCUAUCGUCGAUAAAUACGAUAUAUCCUCUCUGAGGAUGAUGAACUCUGGUGCUGCACCGCUCACCCGAGAGCUCGUUGAAGCGACGUCUGCGCGGAUUAAAAUUGGCGUCAAACAGGGCUAUGGUCUCAGCGAGACCAGUCCCACAACACACGUGCAAAGUUGGGAAGAUUGGGACAAGUACAUUGGCUCGGUAGGCGAGCUGGUCGGCAACAUGGAAGCGAAAUACAUGACGUCCCCCGAGGAUGAUUCCGAACCCCAAGAAGUGGCCGUCGGCGAAGUAGGCGAGCUCUGGCUGCGCGGCCCAAAUGUUUUCCUGGGCUACCACAAAAAUCCAAAGGCGACAGCAGGUUGUCUAACUCCCGACGGCUGGUUCCGGACUGGAGACGUCGGUUACCAGAACAAGGAAGGCAUGUUCUACAUCACAGACCGCGUCAAGGAGCUUAUCAAGUACAAGGGCUUCCAGGUUCCUCCAGCUGAGCUGGAAGGUAUCCUUGUUGAUCACGAAUUGAUUGACGAUGUUGCCGUGAUUGGUGUGUACAGCGAGCAGCACGGAUCAGAGGUGCCGCGUGCGUACGUGGUUCGAAGUGCCAAGAGCAAAGCUUCCGGUGUCAGCGAUGCCGAAGAGGCCUCUAAAAUCAUUGAUUGGAUGCAUAGCAAAGUAGCUCAACAUAAGCGCCUGCGCGGUGGCGUACGCUUUGUUGAUUCCAUACCAAAGAGCGUCAGCGGAAAGAUUCUUCGACGAUUGCUCAAAGACGAGGCCAAGAAGGAACAGGAGAAACUGAAGGCCAAGCUGUAA